AUGUCGAAGCCAGCAGAGAGUUGCAAGUUUUGCCACAAGCAAUUCGGAGUUGAUCGAAACCCUACGAUCAAGAAUCCUGGUGCUAGUGACCUUUUGGCACGCAGAGCCCCAGGGUCAAAGGAAUGCAAAGUUUGUUUUGGAUUCCUGAGAAGUGGCGAUUCCAGGUUCAGUCAAUUGACGCGGACCGCUUUGGCAGAUGCUUUGAAAGAUCCUGCUGAACAGAGCAGCUUUGACUCCGAGUUGAAUCGCUGGUGUGAAGCACGCCGGGAUGGCAAACGACGCCGAGGCGAUGAGACAGAGACGGCCGUGGUGGAAGAUUCCACCUCUUUCUUUACCAAAGAGGUUCUUGGGUACAUGUGGCCUGUUAGCCUUCUCAGAAAACAUGAUCGAGCAGUGCCCAAAAAACUACAGAGCAUCGUUCACCAGGGAAAGACUGUGAAGGGUGCUAUUUGUGAAGAUUGGGUUCUGGGAGCAAUUGAAGUUUCUUCUACGUCAGCGAAGAAUGCGAAGCACAUCACGCAGUGCGGGAUUGGGGGAGAAGAUGAUGACAACGAUGCUCGCAAGGCCUAUGACCUUGCCCAGAAGAAGGUUCGUGUCAGCACUGCGCAGAGUGCUGAUGGAGAGAUUUCACUGAAUCCCGACAGCCUUAUCCUGAAAAUCAUUUUCUAU